AUGCCCAGCCGUUGGGGCGCGGUGGAGCGGCGGCCGCGGCGGUACGACUGGUCUGGCUAUAAGCAGCUGUUCCGCCUGGUACGGGCGCUGGGCCUCAAGCUGCAGGUGGUGAUGAGCUUCCACGCUUGCGGAGGCAACGUGGGGGACAACGCACAGAUCCCGCUGCCGCAGUGGGUGCUGCAGGUGGGCGACACCGACCCCGACAUCUUCUUCACCGACCGCCCGCGCGACGUGUUCCCGGGGCAGCGCAACCGCGAGUGCCUGUCCUUCUUUGCGGACGAGGAGCCAGGCCUUCUCAAGGGGCGGUCGCCCAUGCAGUGCUACGUGGAGUUCAUGCGGUGA